AUGUCUGAAGCGUUACCAGCUUCGCGAGAGGUAACGCAGGAGCACAUUUAUCGCGCCAUGCUACUGAUAUCAAUCGCAGUCGCUUCUUGGACGCUAGACUGCCUCGGCACUGCCGAUGCCAUAUGCUUUUUGAUAUCAUCUGACAUGGUGGGACUUCCUGCGUAUGCGCUCGCAGAAGCAUUCAUAGUCACAAUCCUCAACGAUGAGAUGCCUAUCUUGAUAGACACCGACUAUAUGAAUCAAAAUUGUCAAACAAUCUCAUACAGUACCAGAUUAAACAGCAAGCCUCGAGUUUAUCCCAGCGACGCAGUGGCCGAUCACGAUCCCGGUAUGCUUGCGGAUUACGUCGAAGUUUGUCUUUCUUGGCAGGAGAGGGUCAUCAAACCGCCGAGGUUGGAGCUUGUUAGGGCAAAACGCAAUCACGCCUUCACUGACGAGGAAUGGCAUCUUUAUAACGUCUUUGCAUUGGGAGUGCUGGUUGUUACGAAAUUAUUCCACAAUCGAAAUGGGCGCCCGUUCCCCUCCAUCCUACAAUUUUUGGUAUCCAUAGAGAGGUUCUCUCCGCGGCAAGAAUCCACCGCCAAAACAUACAUUUGCAUCGCUGGUCUCAGUAGCCCGCAAGAUAUCAUAGCGUUCGACCAAACGUUGUCAGGAAUGGGCUUCAAGGACGCUUGCAGACCCUUGGAAUUCUGCUAUGAAACGAGUCGCAUCGAAUUCUCAGCUAGCUCCGGGAUAUACGACGUGAAGUCUUCCAGCACAGAGACUCUUUGCGGCAGCAUAGCCAUCUUUGGGCAGUCCGAUGGCUCUCGGAGCAAAUCCACGAUCGGUGGACUAAUUGAGGUUGAUAGUCAGAGUUUUGCCUUGACAACAAAACACAGACCGGAGACCGAGAUGGUCACGGAUGGGGAGGAAAAUAGUCCAUCCUUGGCCGACUUGAUGCUGGAACUUCUUGAAGUCGAAGUAGUCGAAGAACUCACUCCCCAGAACUAUCAGCCUGCAUGGAUGGAUAGCUCAAACAGAGGGGCUGUGGUUUCUCCGGUGGAAAAGAAUCAGGCCUGGGAGGAUUGGGACCUCAUUCCUAUUGAAAAAGCACAGCGCCUACCGAAUUUGAUCCCCAAUAACAAAUCAUCGGAGAACACGAUGAGAAGCAGACAGGUCACCAAGUUCGUCGACUUUGACAUGAAAAGCUUCGACGAUGCCCUCCCGUGGCAAGUCCUCAUCAUCUCGGGCAUGAGCGGUGUCCUUGACGGGCUGUUGUCCUCGAAUCCCUCGCACAUGCAUUGCGGCGUAGACAGCUCCUACGAAGUGUGGACUGUCAGGCUGAAGCAACACGAUCUCCAAGCAGGUGACUCCGGCUCAUGGGUCGUCCGGAGAAGCGAUCACGGCCUUCUCGGUAUGGUGGUAGCACGCUCACCUGGCUCGGCUUACAUGGUAUCAUUUGACAAGAUAAGAGAGAGCAUUGAGAGGAGGAGGAGUUUGGCGCCACACUCUGUCGAAUUGCCGAGAUUUCCUACCAAGAGAAGUGUCUCUCAACGCCGUGCGCAGCUCAUGUCGGAUAUCAACGAAGGUCUCUCUCAAUAUCAUGAGGCUACACCCUCCGACAACGCCAUGACCCAAAACAACCCCAUGGGAUUGCGUCUCUCCAGUCUGGUGUCCCCGCUAGGCUCUGCACUUCAGACAUUGCAAAACCUCAUGUCGACGGUAAUAGGCCCCAUGAAAGACGUGUUAAAGCCGUACAUGAAAAAUCCCCCAGCACGGAUUCCAAGGAGCGGCGGCGAAUCGGAGCUGCUUUUCAAUAUCGCAAACCUCCCUAACAGUUUUCCCUCUAUCCUUCAAGCGCUUGACUCCCACACAAUUCUCGAUGCGCAUCUCCCCAAACCCCAGCGACAUCCACAGUGA